AUGGAAACGGACAAUUAUGGAAAUGGGAAAAGUCUACCCCCUGGCUUGCCCUGCCUUGGAAAGAGCUCGGGGGUGUUCCCCUGUACCUCUAUGCACUCUGUGCAAGUAGAGAUACUCCAGAUAACCCACAUAGUCCGCUUCUUCUGUGGCCAGGAAAGCAGCUGGACAGCAGAGGGCGAUGAAGAGCCACGGACUUUGCCUGUAAUCGGCUUGAGGGGGCGGCCGGCUCCUGCUGUCGCCCCGCAGGCCGGGGAGGACCCCACGGAAACGAGCGACGCGCUGCUAGUCCUGGAGGGCUUGGAAUCGGAGGCCGAGAGCCUGGAGACUAACAGCUGCUCGGAAGAGGAGCUCAGCAGCCCGGGUCGCGGAGGAGGAGGGGGCGGCCGGCUUCUGCUGCAGCCCCCAGGCCCUGAAUUACCUCCGGUGCCCUUCCCGCUGCAGGACUUGGUCCCUCUGGGGCGCCUGAGUAGAGGGGAGCAGCAGCAGCAGCAGCAGCAACCUCCCCCGCCCCCGCCUCCUCCCGGGCCCCUCCGGCCACUCGCGGGUCCUUCUCGGAAGGGCUCCUUCAAAAUCCGCCUCAGUCGCCUCUUUCGCACCAAGAGCUGCAACGGUGGCUCCGGCGGUGGGGAUGGGACCGGCAAGAGGCCUUCUGGAGAGCUGGCUGCUUCAGCUGCGAGCCUGACAGACAUGGGAGGUUCUGCGGGCCGGGAGCUGGACGCGGGGAGGAAACCCAGGUUGACAAGAACUCAAAGUGCCUUUUCUCCAGUCUCCUUCAGCCCCCUGUUCACAGGUGAAACUGUGUCGCUUGUGGAUGUGGACAUUUCUCAGCGGGGCCUGACCUCUCCACACCCUCCAACUCCCCCUCCUCCUCCAAGAAGAAGCCUCAGCCUCCUAGAUGAUAUCAGUGGGAUGCUGCCUACAUCUGUCCUUGUGGCUCCGAUGGGGUCUUCCUUGCAGUCUUUCCCCCUACCUCCGCCUCCUCCACCCCAUGCCCCAGAUGCAUUUCCCCGGAUUGCUCCCAUCCGAGCAGCUGAAUCCCUGCACAGCCAACCCCCACAGCACCUCCAGUGUCCUCUCUAUCGGCCUGACUCGAGCAGCUUUGCAGCCAGCCUUCGAGAGUUGGAGAAGUGUGGUUGGUAUUGGGGGCCAAUGAAUUGGGAAGAUGCAGAGAUGAAGCUGAAAGGGAAACCAGAUGGUUCUUUCCUGGUACGAGACAGUUCUGAUCCUCGUUACAUCCUGAGCCUCAGUUUCCGAUCGCAGGGUAUCACCCACCACACUAGAAUGGAGCACUACAGAGGAACCUUCAGCCUGUGGUGUCAUCCUAAGUUUGAGGACCGCUGUCAAUCUGUUGUAGAGUUUAUUAAGAGAGCCAUUAUGCACUCCAAGAAUGGAAAGUUUCUCUAUUUCUUAAGAUCCAGGGUUCCAGGACUGCCACCAACUCCUGUCCAGCUGCUCUAUCCAGUGUCCCGAUUCAGCAAUGUCAAAUCCCUCCAGCACCUUUGCAGAUUCCGGAUACGACAGCUCGUCAGGAUAGAUCACAUCCCAGAUCUCCCACUGCCUAAACCUCUGAUCUCUUAUAUCCGAAAGUUCUACUACUAUGAUCCUCAGGAAGAGGUAUACCUGUCUCUAAAGGAAGCGCAGCUCAUUUCCAAACAGAAGCAAGAGGUGGAACCUUCCACGUAGCAAGGGGCUCCCUGCUGGUCGCCACCAAGGGCAUUUGGUUGCCAAGCUCCAGCUUUGAAGAACCAAAUUAAGCUACCAUGAAAAGAAGAGGAAAAGUGAGGGAACGGGAAGAUUGGGAUUCUCUGUUCAGAGACUUCGGUUCCCCACGCAGCCCUGGGGCUUGGAAGAAGCACAUGACCGUACUCUGCGUGGGGCUCCACCUCAUACCCACCCCUGGGCAUCUUGGGACUGGAGGGGCUCCUUGGAAAACUGGAAGAAGUCUCAACACUGUUUCUUUUUCAGAAGUUUUGUUUUUGAUAUUUGUAUUACUUGGUAUGGAAAACUCACCUUGAAGGCAGCUGGGGUUUGUGCCCAUUAGAUUGAAAGUGGUAUGAAGGGUGAGCAGGUCCAAAGAAGGGGUGGGAGGAGGGGACGGGACGGCCAUUCAGCUGGUGCCAAAGGCAGAGUUAGAGUCUGUGCCGUGGGCCUGGAAGAUGGGAGGAAGGGCCUGAGGUUUGCAAAGGACUGAGAGUUCCUGAGGGAGGGGGAGUCUGCUUCUUGUUGCCAUGGGCAGCUGUGGUAGGAGCAGGAGAGAAAGGAGGGUAGGUGGUCUCGAAAACAAUAUUGGGCAAAACCUGGCAAUUGGCCUUAGCUGGGGGAAGUAGUGACUCCUGCAUCCUUUUUUAAGGUUUAGGAAUCUGAGUUCAGAAACACCUCUCAUGGAAGCUGUACUAGUUGUCAUUUACUUAAUUCCUUAAGUUCCAUGACCUGAAGUUAACCCAUUCUUUCUCUGCUCUCAACCCAUUCCCCCUUGAGAUAACUGUACAUGUCACUCUGGUCAUGGUAACGGCAUCCCUAUUGCUUCUGCCGGCUGUCAAGGCAAUCGUUUUUCUCAUCACCUGGGCGGUUCAGAGCCAAUCAUGGGCUGCUGAAUUUAAUGGAGCGUGCUUCCAGGUUCUUCAUGGCAAACUGUACUCAUGACUUAGGAGUCAGUGUUACUUCCAUAUGCCUGUCAGCUUAUGAGGGGGAAUGUGGAGGAAGGUGAGAAAUGCAGCUCCCACAGUUGUGCUCUUCCUAGAGAAAGCUCUCAGAACGCAGCCCUCACAGGAUUUCCUUAGGUCAGAGGAGAGCAUCGCAUCUCAUGUUUUUAGGUUUAUCACUGCUGUCCGACUUCUGAGAUGGGAGGUAGCAAGGGCUUCUAUAUUUUCCUGUGUUCAUUCUAGCAACCCAGACAUUUCCAGAUCAGAGCUUGCUGGUCUCCACUCACUGGAAAGUGUGUCAGGUGCCGAUUUGAGAGCUGCCUGUCUUCUGGCUCUCAGGAGGAGCGGGCAGAAAAACUCCAAUGGUCUUUAAUGGUUUCUGCAGCUGGCCAUGGCCAAUUCAUAUGAUGCUGUGAGUUUGCUUUCUUGUAGAGCUGCUCUGGGGAGAGGUUUGCUAUUGAGAUGUAACAGUGGAGCUGUUGGGUCUUCAUGACUCCUUUGCGUGUGUUCUGUGAGACUCUUUCUGGGUUCCCCAUGCUUAUAGCUGCCUCAUCUCACAAGAUACUAAUGUCAGGUUUGUGGCUUCCUGAUGGUUUGGGUGGGGCCCCAGUGUCUUGGUAAUUUAUAGGACCACCUCAUCUGGGAGCAUUGCCUUCUUAGUCCUGCAUGUAAUGACCAGUCUUCCUCCUUGUAGCUGAACAGGGAGGAAACUUGCACCAUUACCUGACCAUGGAGGGGCGGCCCACAAGAUGAGCUUUGCACCAUAAACACAGCCCACCUCUGAUUUGUCAUAUGGUACCUCUUCUUUUCUUGGCUUCCAUGGUAGCAUUACCAACUAUUACCAAUUAAGCAAGAUUAUGAUCCCAGAAAUUGGCUUAGCAUGUGAGUGUUGCCUCUUGAGAGUACAAGUGAUAUCGCCAUCUUGCAGGAAGUGCCACCCUGAUACAGAGCCUGAAGUCUGGAAUCCAUUGAGAUCCUUGGGUGGCAGAUAUGCAGCCUGGGAGCUUUCUUUUAUUGUUCCUUUUCAACCACUCAUAAUUUUAAGAUUAUUUUUUAGUGUGUGUGUGCCUGGCUUUGUGCUAGAUGCUAUAGAAAACAAAAAAGGUAAAAGACGUAAUCUGUGGCCUAAGGGAGCUUUUAGGUGACUGCUGCACAUCAAGCAGAAAAUCAAGGACCAUCUAAAGACAUUUGUAGUGGAUAAGAUCAGGGUAGAACAGAUGGUCUGGGAAAGUUCUGUGCCUCUGAGGUUUUGGGUUGUAGUUAAUGGCAGGACAGACAGUGAGAUGAGAAACACAUGAACAAAAGCAAGGAAACAGAAAUCUGCAUGGCAUGUACUGAACAGUGCACAGCCCUGUUAGAGCUACAUGGUUAAAGAAUCCUUUCCAGUGCAGUUGUCUAGAUGGAAGCUUCUCAGCCACCAGGCAGACCUGAGUGCCGAGGGUUUAUGCUGGUUAGGUGGAGCCCAAAGCCCAAAGGAGUCAGCAAGGCUUCUGCCCAUUGCCAGGGCCUCGCUGUGGUCAGCUCAGGCCAUGUGAGGGAGGCAGAACCUGCACACACCUUAUGUUACUGGGGUUUCUUCUGGAGAACUCAUACACUCAGGUACAAAACAAACCAACUGAGGAGGUGUGACCCAACCUCACCACCCACCUUUCUUCUCCUGGGGAGGGUCGUGUUGAACUGUGUCUGUGAUCUGUUGGUGCACUGGUCCCAGCCCUGGCUGCAGCCUAGUCCUUCCUCUGUGGAGUGGGCUGCAAAACAGCAGUGCAAGAGGAGACAGGUGUGGGUGUUUGGUGCCUGCAUGGGUGGCCUUGCACAGAGCAGUUAGAGGAAGAUGAGGAGGAGGCAUGGGGCUGGACCAGCUCUCUGGGAUGCAGCCUGGUCAGAGAGUAAAUGGAGCAGAGGAACAGGUGCAGCAGCUGGGGUAGCACCGGCCCUUCACCUCCCCAACCAGGCCCACGCCUCCUUCACCAGUGCUGUGUAGAGCUCAUUUAAAUGUAUUCCUUUCUAGGUCUGGGUGCAGUGGCUCACGCCUGUAAUCCCAGCACUUUGGGAGGCUGAGGUGGGCGGAUCACGAGGUUGGGAGUUCAAGACCAGCUUGGCCAAAUAGUGAAACCCCAUCUCUACUGACAUACAAAAAUAAGCUGGGCAUGGUGGCCUGUACUUGUAGUCCCAGCUACUCAGGAGCCUGAGACAAGAGAAUCAUUUGAACCCAGGAGGCGGAUGUUGCAGAGAGCUGAGAUCACUCCACUACCCUCCAGCCUGGGCGACAGAGCAAGACUCCAUCUCAAAAAAAAAAAAAUUUCCUUUCUGGUUGUA